UUUCCUCAGUUUACAAACACUGACAGGAAACGCUACCGGAAGUGCUCCCGCAGGGAAGACACGAUUGGUCGGGUUCGUGGUCAUGUGACGUAACCUGAGUGACUCGAUUCGGCGGCCAUUGUUGUGAGGUAAUAAACUUCCCUCGGUCCCGUGGAGCAUCAAGAAGACGUCCACUUAAUUGCGCCGUCGGGCCUGCAUUUAGGAGGAACUACAGGUUGUGAGGAAUAACAUAAAUUGCCACAUUUCCAAAUUCAUCGUGACAUUUAGCCAUGCCGUUAUUGUAUCGAGGUUGUUGACCAUUACAAGAGAAAGCGCAAAAUCAGUAACUGAUACGCUUGCGUGGUCGCCAUCUUGAGGCGGUAACCGUCUUCUGCUUAGGGUGCCUGUUUGGAACUUAAAGUUGGUAAACAAAAUAAAAAAACAAAUGCCACAAACAUGUGCAGCAUUUGGGUGCUCCAACCGGAGGAAUGACACAAGUAAGUGUCGUGGUAUAACCUUUCACAAGUUUCCCAAGGAUCCAGUGAGAAGAAAGGACUGGACUAUUGCCAUGAGGCGCAAGGACUUCCAACCUAACAACACAACAGUACUCUGCAGUAGCCACUUCACUACAGAUGAUUUUGACCGAACUGGACAAACUAUUCGUUUGAAGGAUUGUGUCAGUCCUUCGGUCUUUACAUCCACCCCAGAACAUCUGAAAAAAGUGCCUCAUAAAGCCAGACUGACCAGGACCUCCAUGAAAGCUGCCGAAGAGCGCGUUGUUUCGGUAGUAGUUCCUGGAGUGACACGCACCACCCCAUCAACCGCUGUAAAGAGUAUCCCGGAUCAUCACUAUGCACUUGACCAGAUACAAGUGAAAUCCAAAGUCAUCAAGGCUCAAAAGAGGAUAGAUGAACUGGAAAAGCAGCUUAGAAAUGCGAAGGAUCGCGAGAGAAGGUUGAAACUCACCGUGAAGUCACUGAUUUCAAACCAGACCGAGUAGAGGGCCCCUAUGACUCCAUCCAUCGGAUUGAAUGGCAUCUUGGUCUUCCUGUUGUCUGGUGAGGGACUAUCAGUCCUUGCGUUUCUUCAUCAAACGGCAGGCUAACGAUGUUACAUCCACAACAUGUAUGACACACAACCGGGGGACCCUCACCCGUCCUGAUGUGAUCUCAUGAGCCAUCGAGACGCCCCCUCAACACGAAGACGUCUAACGGAGCGAUGGCCACUGCUCCCUCCCUUCGGAGUGGGGGGUAUGACUGGGUUUAACGUCUAGAAGGUGAAUUAAGAUGCAGUCAAUGAGUGCCCGAAUAGAUGGGGGGGGGUUCUGCAUCAGCAGCCUAUCAGUGCAGUUUAUCCAUUGGUUGGUAAGUGGGAUGGUUCAGUCUGACAAACAUUUGAAGGAUAUUCGAACUUGGACAAUAUAGAGGAAUCAUUGCUUCAUGAGACGGUCAUUUUCGUUACCAAGAGGAAUUUUUGGAAUUGGUCUUGUCUGGAAUGGAAGGUCCAAUACAGUAGAUUCUGUGUCCAAACCAUGUUUCCUUUGGGACAUUAAAGUUUUUCUUUUGUCUUUUAAUAGUACGCGUUUUCUUUUUUAAAUAGAAGCUGUCAAUCAGGAUCAAAAUGUUUGUGUUUAUUUUUGUCUUCAUUUUGUGACUUCAGUGAUGUGCAGCUGUUUGAGCUGAUCAAAGUUGAUUUUGCAAUUUACAAAAACCUAAUUUUAAAUUUAUAAUAACUGGCCAAUAGAGAUGAGAUAUGCUUAAAUUCAAUAUAUGCUGGAGGACUCCGCAGGAAUAAAUAGGAACUUCUGACAUGUUUUUUUUAUUUUUAUACUGAAAACCUAGCUCCAAAAUCAGACCUAGAGCACCUCUUUAAUAAUUAGUUAUUGAGUAAUUUGUAAAGUCAGUUUCUGCCAUCAACAACUGUCUGCUUUCUUAUUUAUUGAUAAAAAAAGUGGUUACGCUUGUAGAAAACAGAAUAGAAAAUACCUGUAUUUCUUAAGACCCUUAUGGCUCCCCCAAAAAUCAAUGUAUCAUUUGCACGGACCAAUUCGCAUCAAAAAGCAGUGUAACAGAAAUGACACAGCAACGUAAAAUAUAGGCUUUAUAUAAAAUUAAAAAUUAUUCAACUUGAAAGUAGUAUAGAAUAUUGCAUUGUAUACAUUUACUAGAGUUGGUCCAAGAUCCCAAUUUCCCAAGUGUGUCUAAAGGUAUGUGGUUAAAAAGCAAGAGCGUAGCUUUAGAUCAUAACAACAACCUAGUCAUACCCUUCACCACUGCAUGAACCAGCGGUGCUUUGUUUUUGCCUUACAUUUCGAAGAUGUAUUGAACGUUUACGAGGAGGCAUCUUUUAUGUUGGAUCAAAUUAGGGAAAUAAAACAUUUUGAGGGCACGUGAUGGGCUCUGUAACAUGUGAAUGCCAUGAUUAGUCUACAAAUCUGAUUAAUAAGAUAUAGUGGUAGUACGGUGUGCAUGUAAACAUAAUGAAAGGAAUAGUGCUUGACUCAACUGCUCUCCAGUAGAGAAUCUAACACCUCAGGGUCAAGGCCCAAAUCCUCAUGGCUGAGGAGGUCAUGCAGCUUGGCUGCUGUGGCAUUUUCCCUUUUACGAGAACGCCAAGUUUGCAGCAUGCGAAAUGCUCGCAUCUUUUGGGUGUUAUUUUCCGCUUCAAUCGCAUCCAACUUCUCGCUGCUAAUAUCCAGCACCUGUAUUCCAACUUCCUUCCAGGUACUGGACAUCGCACCAGCCACCUUCAGCAGCUGUUUCUGUGUCACUAUUUUAGAGACUGUGCAUGAAAACGGGGAAGAAGACAAGUCAGUGUGAAAUAUGGGGAUGAUUUUGACCGGACAUGAAUAUAAGUGCAGUCACCCACCAACACUCAUGCAUGGUUGAUUUGUAGAUCUUGACUGUUGUGCUGAAUCCUCAGUGGUCCUCUUUGAUGCUUCUUCUAUAACAAAAAUAGAUUACACUCAAUGAAAGUACAUACCGUAUGUAAGCUACAUGUAACGACACAUAUAAACAUGUAUACCUGGGUCUGGGUUCACCAGGAUAGACAGUCUUGGGAAGUUCUCCUGAAAGGUAUCUUCCUUCAGCAGUUCCAGCAGACCGUGUGAGACCUUAGGCCCUCCGUCGUAUAUCAGAUCCAGUAGAGUUGUCACCUUCUCAGUUGAAAUCUGUUGGGCUCUGACCUUCUUGUACCCAUUUUCUGUCACAAGCUUGCGAGAGUGUGCAUGCUGCAGAAGUAAUUCGGGAUCAGCACUCAAGAUGUCAAUCAA